AUGAGUCAAAAUCCUUCCUUCAGUCUCCCGGAGGACCGGCACCUUGACACCCACUGCAGCGCAUCAAACACCCUUGAUCUAAACCCUCAGAGCUCCGAAUAUCUGCCCUCAUCUCCGGAAAUGCAGGAGUUCAAACGAUUUUUUAGCGAAAAAUCCAAUAGGAGAACUCAACCAGCUCCCCCUGACGGGGUCGACACAGACAAACCUUCAACCAGUGAAGAUGUGAUCAAUCAUGGAUCUCGUGGCCCAAAUGUGGAUCGUCCAUCCAGCCCCUCAACUGGCCAACAAGUCAAGCGCCGGCGAGUAAUAGGCACACAUGUGGACUCAAGAACCAUAACAACCGAACAAAAAGAUCGACAUGAGAGUGAUUUCCACAAGCCACAGGCAAACUCCGCUUCACCAGAGUCACCAUCGGGCCAUGACGAAUGCCCUGCAGAAGGUCAAUUUUCUGAAGAGCAAAAUCUCGCAUUGAUUGCUUGGUUUCAUCAUCUCAUCUGGAAGCAUUCUUGCAAAGAUGCAACUUCGCCCACUUGGAUGCCCUUCAAAGAUUACGUCAAGAAACAUUACGAUAUUGAAACUUUUAACCCACAACUUGCGGUUUUUACGCUCCAACAUAGGAAUUCUCAGUACGCCAUGCUCUGGCAGAAAUUCAAGAAGGUUCGCGAGUGUACUGAUUCACCGGGCAACAACUUGGAGAAAAUGCUUUCAGAGCAUGGGCUAGCACCCUCCCUCUAUUGGGCCAUGGUGGAUAUCCACUGUGGAAUGAGACCCACAAAUCAUGUCCUUGGAAAGGGGCCCAUUUUUGCGCAGAGCGAUGAUGACGAUAGUGCCGAAAGAGCCGGGACCGACCAAACGAUUCCUGCGCACCCCUCACUCGCUCCAAAUCUGGUCAAUAUGGCUCCCUCGGCUUCACACGGCUGCCCAAGCAGGCAAACGAUAGGGAACUCCUUGGCGCACCUGUUUGCCGGCCAGCGAUCGGACCCAUUCCCGUCAAUGGGUUCAACAUCUGACUUGCUAACUUCACUUCAGCAACUUGUGACACAACCUGCACACGAUUCCUGUGCCUCCGAUAUCCAAUUUCAUAAUGACUGUCUCCAAUCCUUUAAAUGGCAGGUUGAAGAACAUAUCCGACAUCACGAAGAGCAGCGAAUCCAUCACGUCAACAUGAAGGCGCUCCUGAGUCAUCAGAAGGAAGUUAUUGCCAGACACCAAGAGGAACGCAGCCGUGCUAGCACACAAGCAACCGAGUUACGUUCUUCGCUAAUCGAUCUGAUCGCAAAAUUCUCAGGCCAAAGAGAAGGCUCAAGUAAGGAGAGUUAA